CAUGAAAUUUUACGGGUCUGAUGAUAUUUUACAAAGAUGAUUGUGAAAUUAUUUCAUGAGUCGACGAACUCGACCAUACAACAUCGAAAUCACGUACAUUGAUAAUUCGAUACUGAAAAUACUGAAAUUUUGCAUGAUGUCAUGUUCUAGUAAUCAAAAUUAGAUUUUGUUUUUUUCAUUUUGUUUACAUUCUUCUGCUUUAUUUAUAUAAUUCACUCUAAUAAUUUCAUUGACAAGGUUACGUUUAUCGACGACGUCGAUAAGUUGAUAGUUUGACUUCUGCGCAUCUGCGUCGCGCAGCAUGCUGUCACUGCUCAAAACAAUUGAGUAAACGCAUUUCAAAACAGAUUUGUUCUAAACAAAUAUCAUUUACAUACAUUGCACAAUUAAUUCGAUAAUAUUUCUAACUGUCAGGUAAAAUAUACGGCUCACAUUUAACAAAAAAAAGAAAUUAGUUUUAAAGUUAUAGGGAGUUUUAUCGGUCGAGCAAUAAUCAAGUGUAAUUAUUUUACGCAACGUAGUUAAUCGUUGACAUGGCACAAAUCUAUUCUAUUUUUACGAUGAUUUCGUAUGCAUGAACUGAAUUUUAAUUUACAAACAAACAACAGGAUAUAAUCUCGUUCGUAGUACGUCCCUGGUGGCGCCUUUCGACUCGACACUACCGACAUCACCCAUGUUGGUUAGCGCUUUCGCCAACUUGCUAUUCAGUCGCGGUUUAUCAGCCGUACCGUCACGAGAAAGAUAGAACGGAGGUGUACAAUUUUAAAAGAAUUUUUUUUGACUCCUCCGUUCACGAAUUUCCAAGUGUUCCGUCCUUAUCCUUCGACAACGUAAUCCUUUAAACGAGACACCAGGAAAAACACUACGUGUCAAAGUAUCGUGAUCGCAUUUCGAGCCCGCUCUUUUAUCGAUUGACCGACCAACCACUCGACACUCUGUUUCAAGGGAUUGCAGACUUGUAAAGGGUUAAAGCAAAACUUGUCAAACUGAAAUUGCAAAGAUGGCGGAUAAAAUAUACUACCCCCAUCCGGACAUUGCAAAGAACGCGUACUGCAGCAGCAUGGAGCAGUACAGAAAAAUGCACGAAAAGUCCAUAAAGAACCCUGCACAGUUCUGGGGAGAAAUCGCAAAGCAGUUCUACUGGGAAACACCAGCUUCGGAGAAUAAUUUCUUCUCUUACAACUUCGACAUCACCAAAGGCGACGUUUUCAUAAAAUGGAUGGAGGGUGCAUCGACUAACAUAAGUUUCAACCUGCUCGACAAAAAUGUGAAGAGUGGAAACGGCGACAAGAUUGCGUUUUACUGGGAGGGUAACGAUCCGGACGAUUAUUCGCGGUUGACUUACAGGAAGUUACUCGAGGAAGUAUGCAGAUUUGCAAACGUUCUGAAAUCGAAAGGAGUGACGAAAGGAGACCGUGUUGCAAUUUACAUGCCGAUGAUUUUGGAACUUCCCAUUGCUAUGUUGGCGUGUACCAGAAUCGGGGCCGUCCAUAGUGUAGUGUUUGCAGGAUACUCAUCGGACUCUCUAGCAGAGCGAAUUUUGGGAUCCAAAGCGAAAGUGCUUAUCACGACCGAUGGCGUAUGGAGAGGCGAGAAACUUCUUCUACUAAAAGCCAUCUGCGACGAAGCUUUGAACAAAGUGAAAAAAAACGGUCACGAGGUAGAGCAUUGCGUGGUAGUAGCGCAUUUGAGGAGGCUUACUAGUCCGCAAGGUGUUAAGUCCGACACGACAGGAAAGACGAAUGGAGUGAACGGUACCAGUGACGGAAAUGGUGUGGACUUUCCCGAAAUACCGUGGGAUGACGAUCGUGAUGUGUGGUGGCACGAUGAAAUGGAAGAGGCCGAAGAUAAGUGUUAUCCAGUGUGGAUGGCUGCUGAAGAUCCAGUAUUUAUUUUGUACACCAGUGGUUCCACGGGAAAACCGAAAGGUGUACUUCAUACCACGGCUGGUUACUUAAUCUAUGCAGCAACGACAUUUAAAUAUGUAUUUGAUUAUCAUCCUGGUGAUGUGUAUUGGUGCACAGCCGAUGUUGGCUGGAUCACUGGUCAUACUUAUGUUGUUUAUGGCCCAUUGGCUAAUGGAGCUACAUCGGUUCUUUUUGAAGGAACACCGUUUUACCCAGGUAACGACCGAUACUGGUCCGUCAUCGACAAGUACAAAGUCAAUCAAUUUUAUACUGCACCCACCGCGAUCAGAUCGCUGAUGAAGUUCGGAGAUGAACUAGUAAAGAAACAUGAUCUCUCUACUUUAAAAGUAUUGGGUUCGGUUGGUGAGCCGAUAAAUUCUGAAGCUUGGCUUUGGUUCUACAAUCUCGUCGGUCACGGAAAGUGCAGCAUAUCGGACACAUUUUGGCAAACGGAAACUGGAGGUCACGUGAUUACACCUCUUCCUGGUGCCACGCCAAUGAAACCGGGCUCUGCAACGUUCCCAUUCUUUGGCGUUUUACCAGAAUUGUUGGAUGAAGAUGGUCGAUUGAUCGAGGGAGAGGGAGAAGGAUAUCUUGUUUUCCGUCAACCUUGGCCAGGAAUGAUGAGAUCGCUGUACGGAAACCAUCAACGCUUCCAGAAUACGUAUUUCGAUAGAUUUCAUGGAUUUUAUUGCACCGGCGAUGGCGCCAGACGUGACGCAGAUGGCUAUCUAUGGAUAACCGGCCGUGUAGACGACAUGUUGAAUGUCUCUGGUCACUUGAUGUCCACCGCUGAAGUAGAAAGUGUGUUGACUGAACAUUCCGCUGUGGCUGAAGCUGCUGUAGUUAGUAAACCACAUCCUGUGAAAGGACAAUGCCUGUAUUGCUUCGUGACACCCAAUCAGGAAGCAUCAUUUGACAAGAAGCUUCAAGAUGAACUUAAAAAGAAAGUGCGUGACAGAAUCGGACCUUUUGCUCAACCCGACGUCAUUCAAUACGCCCCAGGAUUACCAAAGACGCGAUCCGGCAAAAUCAUGAGACGUAUACUCAGGAAAAUAGCAGCGGGCGAUAGAAAUGUCGGAGACGUGUCGACGUUAGCCGACGAGACUAUCGUUGAUCUUCUGUUCCAGCUGAGGCCGCAAGUUUAAAAGCGCGUCGUCGACAUAGCCUCUAUCAAAUGAAACGUAGUUAGCUUAGAAACGAAAGCAAAAGAAAGACACACUUCCGAUGAUCGAUAAAUAUGCAAGGCUACGGAACUAUAGUUAUUAACAAGAGUAACGCUAAAAAUUACUGCUAAAUCUCUGAGGAAAGAACUAUCGAGGUUGAAAUAAUCAAUAGAAUGAUCGAGCUCUGAAGUAGUGUCCCUAACUUAAAUGAAACUUCCGUUUUAUACGUUAGAAUUGUUACCUUUUUUUGUUAAUAGUUUUUAUUUAUAGUACUAUUUAUCAAUUAUUUGUAUAGACAAUUACAGCGCGGUAAUAGUUACUGCUUUUAGUCGAUAUAUUUUAAUUUCAUCAAUCACCUGUUUGUCAGCUUCAAGAUUUAUUUAAACCACCAUUAUAAUUUCAUUCGAUUUGGAAAAUGAUUUCAUGAACGCGCUAAAAUUGUUGUGAGAAUAAUUAAGGAUGCGAUAUGAAACUAUAUAAAGCUGAAACUAAAUCUAUUUGUGAUUUCUGAAAGAUCGAUUACUUAGAUAUACUUCUUGUUGCGCACUGAUCAUCAUCGUAGCAAUAUUUUGUGAACAUAUAAAGUUAAUAUCAAAAUCGAAGUAUAUAUAGUCAUUGUUCGACAUUGUUGAAGAAAACUUUUAUAAGAUAUACGCCCAUGACGCACGCGUUCAAACGAUUUAUGAUAAAUAUGAAAGUAUUCCAAAAGCUUUUGAAAAGUUUACAAAACCGUUUAAUACGACUAUAUUUUCGAUGAUGCGAUGUUAUGUUGCGAUAGCAUUUUAAGAACGUUAUCAUAGAAUUUCAGUUGGUUUCGUUCGUAUGCGUAGCCAAGUUAUAAUUUAUUUCUAGAUCUCUUUUUAAUCUUGUUUAACGCGUUUACUCGUUUAUAACGACUUCCGGUAACGAAAGCGCUCGUACAGGUUCUAAUUCGUUUGUAAAAUCUUCGUCCAAUGAGAACUAGAAUGACAGAAAAUUAUAUAUAGAUUAAGAACACUUUUCGUUGAUAAAUUUCCCUUAAGUCAUUAAGAAUAGUUUUCGAAAGGUUACUUAACUUUAAUAAAAAUAUUUUUAUUACAAUUAUUUUCUUGUUCCUUGAGGGACAAGAGACCUAAUUAUACGCACGAUCGUUAACGCACUGUACAAGGAAGUCGCAUUUUCCCAUAAGUUUUUUAGAAGGCUGGUUUUACAAUGUAACUGUUAUACGUACUAUGUGU